AUGUCGUAUGUAAUAUUCUUAGCUGGUAUCAGACAAACAGAGAAUAAAGUUGUAUGUUCAGCGAUUGCAAUUGCUUUGCAUUAUAUCUUCCUGACAGACUUUGCUCUGAUGCUUGCUGAAGGGAUUCUUAUUGUGAGAAUGGUAGUAUUUGUUUUCCCAGCAAGUUCUAUAAUUCAUAAGCUUAUACCCGCAUGUUGGAUUGUUCCUGCUGUUAUAGUUGGAAUUUCUACUGCUGUGACUAAACUUAAAGGCUAUGGCAAUCAACAGUUGUACGUAUUUAGUUAUCAAAGUUGUUGGUUAACCCUUGAAUCGAACCUCAUCUGGGCGUUCAUUGGACCAGCACUACUUGUUAUUGUGAUUAAUUUCAUGUUCAUCAUUAUUACGGUGUAUAAAAUGAUGACAACUAGAGGGUUAGCUGCGAAAACACUUCAAGUAAAAUUUAAGAUUGGUUUAAAAAGUAUUUGUGUCAUUUUGCCAUUGUUUGGAUUAACGUGGGUACUAGGAGCAUUUUCUAUAAACGAUGAUUUGGUCAUGUUCCAAUACCUAUUUGCAACGUUCAACUCUCUGCAGGGUUUCUUCAUAUGUUUGUUCCACUGUAUCUUGAAUGAGCAGGUCAGACUGGGCUACCGUCAUUACCAGAGACGACGACACGCCUAUCGUAUGGAUUCUAAGCUACCUACCGAAUCUACUAACACUGACAAUUCAAAAACACAUCGUCUCAACGACAAUUUCCGUGAAGAGAAGAAAUAAAUGAAAGAGAAUUAGAAUACAUAUCAAAUCAACCAUAUGCAGUUUAAUAUAGUUUUUUUUAUUAUUAUAUUUAUCGAAAUCAAUAGAACAUCUUCAUAUAGUUAUCUCUAGCUUUAGAACUUAUCAAAUAUUUUAUACAGACAUCGUUUUCUAAUAUCAUCAUAUAGAGGGCAUAUAAAAAAAAAUAACUCGAUCUUUAAAUGAGUGAAGACAGCAAAAGUUUUUGAAAAAUUUGAUGAGGUUUACAAAAACAAUAGUUUGUUCACUAACAACGACUUUUCAAACCUAUAUAAAGUGAAUAUAGUUUUUUUUAAUACUAACAUAACUCUUAAAUUAAAAGUUGAAUUUUGAAAUCAAAAUAGGGUCUUUCAUGUGCUGUGCUCAUUCUGUGAAAUGGCACCUCUAUAGAUUGGUCAUUGCCUAACAAAUAUAAGUUGAGGCAUUCUUUAGAAACCUUUUAUUUGGUUUCACUAUAUAUUUGGCAAAUAAACAUUUAAUUUCUCACUAACGAAUAUAAUAGAUAAGGAAUAUGAUCAAAUCAAAUUGUGUGUUAAGUGGUAUGAUGACAAAACAGGUUUAAUAAACUUAUUAGGUAUAAAUCAAGGGUAAUGAUUUAUAACAGGUUUUAAAACAUCGAACUACAGAUAAAAUCUAAAUGAAUGUUAAUCAAUUGAAAUAUAUCAUCUAUAAUGUUAUUGGUAAACUUUGUGUUUAUAUCUUUGUAAUUUUGUUUUACUUAAAAUUAUUCCUGUUAAUUAUUUUACUUUAUUAUAAAUAUA